CAUACACACGGGAAAUAAUCACACACAGACACACAAUCUCUCUACUCUCUCUUUCUAUAUAUAUAUAUAUAUAUAUAUGUAGCAAUUUCUUACUCUUAACAUUCUUACGCACAAAAGUAUACUUGUAGCAAUUUCUGUGAGUAUUGCUCUGUUUUUUUUCAACAAAAGUAUACUUGUAAGUCUUCCUUUCUUCAUUCACAAGAAAACAAGCCAUGGAGGUUGAAAAUCGAAUUCAGAUUAAAAAACCCAUCAAGCGAAGAAUCAUUGACAACCACAAAUCGCGGAGCAGAGUGAUGUACAAGAAGAGAAAAGACUGUAUCAUCAAGAAAACAAUGGAGCUCUCGAUAUUGUGCGACAUCAAUGCCUUCACCAUCUGUUUUGGGCCCAACAAUGAGGUUGAGACAUGGCCUGAAAACCCAGCCCACGUCAAAACUCUCAUCAACGCGUACAAGAAUAACCGCCGAGGCAAACAACUGGUUCAAGCACAACAGCAACAACCCUCUGAUCAUCAUCGCGGCUUAGAUGAUAAAAUCAGGGGUUUAUUGAGUUGGAAUGAUGGUUGGCUUUGUGGGUUGUCAAGAGAACAGUUGAUGAGUUUAUGGAAAUUGAUGAAAUUGAAAUUACAGGAAUUAGCAAGAAGAAUUGAGUUGUUGAUGUUCAGUAAGAUGCACUACCAGUACCAACCAUUAAUCGAGCCACCGAUGUUCGUGCCGCUUUGGCCAUUGAAUUGCUAUGGAGUUCCUGGAAGUAGUGGUGGUGAUGGUGGUGGUGAGUUGAGUGUGCCAUUGACAUGGGAGUUUAAUGAAACAUUGGAGGAGACUACUCUUAAUGCCAUGAACAAUUGUGAUGUUAAUCAGAUGUGUCUGCAAUUUUCUUCGCCUCUCAAUGAACUUUUGUUUGCAUCAAUGUAUACGAUGAAUCCGUUGCAAAUCACUGAGCCUCAGUUGGGUGAAGAAACAAUCAGCAGCAGUGACACUGACUCUCAAGUCAAUCCCAGUCUCAAUGUGAACAUGGAUUGGAUUAUUUAGUUGGUUUAUUUACUAGCUUUUUUUUUUCGUUCAAAUUAUGUUUUAGUAGAGUCUGAA